GUACAAAGUUAUUCUCCAUUUAGAAUAAAUCUUUCGUUGGCAUACAAUAAAAUCAAUUGAGAUCUUUCAAAGCAGUGAAUUAAGCCACAAAUACUUAAAUGCUUGAAAUGCCGAAUCCUCCAUUGAUUCUGGAUAAAGAGUCAUCCAUCAUGGAUAGUGAUUUAUUAAUGUCAACAACAAUGAUGACGACAACACCAACGAUAAAUAUUUCCAUGCCUGAAGACAUGGUUUUCAAUGCCGGACAUCAGUUGUCAAUAAUAGUCUACAGUAUUUUAAUGUUUAUAUCAGCUUUUGGGAAUAUUACUGUAUUAGUCCUUCUUAUAAAAAGACGCUUACGAUCUCCAAGCAGACUUGACAUUAUGUUAACUCAUUUAGCAAUUGCUGAUUUAAUGGUUACAUUUCUUCUAAUGCCACUUGAGAUUGGUUGGGCAAUAACAGUUCAGUGGACAGCAGGUGAUGCGAUGUGUCGCAUUAUGAUGUUUUUUCGGACUUUUGGGUUGUACUUGUCAAGUUUCAUUCUUGUUUGCAUAUCAGUAGACAGAUUUUAUGCAGUUUUACGACCUUUGAGUAUGAAAGAAUAUCGCGGGAAAAUCAUGAUUGCAAUCGCUUGGAUUCUCUCUGCUCUAUGUUCAGCUCCACAGUCGGUAAUUUUUCAUGUUGACACCCACCCAAUUUUCUCAAAUUUCACGCAGUGCGUGUCGUUCAAUGUGCUUUCAACAUCAGGAGAGUUCGCGUACAAUAUUUUGUGUUUAUUGAUGAUGUAUGCGGUGCCACUUUUAAUUAUUGUUUUCUCCUAUGGCUCAAUUUAUUACGAAAUAUUUCAAAAAAGUCGAAUAAAAAAUUCAGACCGCUUUCGUAGAUCAAGUAUAAAUGUGUUGGGUCGAGCGAAACGAAGAACUUUAAGGAUGACAAUUACAAUUGUGAUUGUGUUUAUCGUUUGUUGGACGCCCUAUUACGUGAUGGUUGUGUGGUUCUUCAUGGAUCCCGAAGAAGCAAAGAAAGCUGAUAUUUUAUUACAGAAAAGCUUAUACUUAUUCGCUUGCACGAAUAGCUGCAUGAAUCCAAUUGUCUAUGGUGUCUUCAAUUUAAAGCGAAAUAAAACCGACAGAAACACGUUCAGUUUUAAUACGCAUUAUUCUGAUUCGAAACGUAAAAGGACUCAAAAUUCAAGAAUGGAGAACUUUAGCCGAGAGUCAUCGAAAACGAUUUGCAUUAAUAUUUAAUUUGUGUCUCUCUCUUUCUUCGAGCUGUGGAGAUUCUUACAUCAAUGGGCCAACAAACGGAUUCAAAUUUGAUGGAUCGACAGAAAUGAUUAAUUCAGAAAUAAUACAGCUCACUUCCUGACGGAAUGGUGUCACAUUUAACUUGAUGAACUGAAAUAAGUAACUUUAAAGACGAUAACAAAGUAAAGUGAUGAUGAUAGUAACCGUUGUGAAAAUUUGUUUAAUGUCCACACUGUGGGUGACGUUUUCUGUGGCAAGUAUCUACAUAAUUGCUUUUCCGCGAAAAAUUUGUCUUUGUAGUUGAAAAUAAAUGUUUAAUGUUUAAAUCUUCGUACUUAUAUAAAUGAUGAUAAUUUCGCGGUGCUAUUCAUUGACCAUUGAAGAAGAAAAUAAAUGAAGAAAUAUAAAAUAGAUGUUGACAAAC